ACCCUUGAAUUGUGUGAUGCCUCGUUAGAUAGACUGUUUCUCAAUGAAAAUGAACCCAAAAAAUACAGUGGCCCAAUGCCACCAGAAAUCGAAGUUCUUUUCCAGUUGGCUAAAGGACUCGAGUACAUUCAUCAAAUGGGAUUAGUCCAUCGCGACAUCAAGCCAGAAAACGUGCUGAUCCGUUUGAAUUCUACAACCCAACGAGUGAUGAUGAAGUGGGCGGAUUUUGGUUUAAGUAAACAAGUCAACGAAAGGGGAACUUUUACCAUGACUGGAGUGAGAGGAACAAUGGAUUUUUUCGCACCGGAAAUAUUGAAAUUACUGGACGAGGACAGUUCUACUGGGAAAGAAGUUCAGAAAAGAGGGACCGUCAAGAGCGAUGUAUUUGCAGAGGGUCUCGUCUUUGGCUAUUUCAUUUCAGGAGGGGUUCAUCCCUUUGGCACCACAAGUCAUCAAAUUCAAAACAAUUUAAGAACAAAUGAACCUGCCAAUCUUCCCAGUAAGUCGAGUGGAAGCGUAUUUAAAAAAAUUUUCGGUACAGAAACAACCAACAUUCAUAAUACAAUCACAAGAAUGCUAGAAAAAGACCCAAAAAAUCGACUUUCUUCGUCUGAUGUCGUUAAUCGACUCACCGAAAUUAUCCUGAAGAAUUCACAGCAGUUAUUCACUUUAAUUGCAAAGGGGAACCCAAGUGUGGAAGAAAUCGAAAAACUGAUACAAGAAGGUGCGGAUGUCAAUGCCAAGGAUGAAAAAGGAUUGACACCGCUAUUACGCUUAGCACAAAGCGAAAAGAUAAGUGAAAAUUUGAUAGAAAUAUUUAGUCUCUUGAUCAAACUCGGAGCCAACGUCAAUUCACUUGACAGCAACGGCGAAAAUGUUCUCUUUUUGUGGUGCAAAAAUCGCGAACAACAUCAAAACAAAAGUUUUUUGGCAAUCAUCAAUCUCUUCGUUGAAAAUGGAAUUGAUAUCAAUUGCAAAAACAUAUACGGAAAUAAUGCUCUUACUAUAUUGUGCAUAUUUUAUAAAAACGAUAAUUUAAUUGACAUUACUCAACUUUUCAUUGAAAAUGGAAUCGAUGUCAAUUGCAAAGCAAUAUACGGAGAUAAUGUUCUCACUACAUUGUGCCAAUUUUACAAAAACGAAAAUUUAAUUGACGUUAUAACAUUAUUAAUCAAAAGUGGAUUCAAAGUGACUGAAAAAACGCGUGACUACUUCCAGCAAAAUUAUAAAGAAACAAAUCGCACUCAAGUCUUGCAAUUACUUCAUGUUUAAACAACAUUCAGAUUAACCAGCAAACUAUAACGAAUGGCCGCCAGUUGAUUUAAGUAGAAGAAGGUAUCGAUUACGUAGCAAAUUGGAUGGAACUUACUUGA